UUAAGAUCGAUCGCGCCGCUGCACUUUCUCACGAUAUCCGAUACCAGGUUGCCGUCCUUCUUUUGCACUCUUCAAAAUCCUGGAACCCUGAGAAUUCACUUCUCGCGCUGCCCCGACUGCAACCUUUGUGGCAAAGACUACCUACUUUUGUCAAAGCUUUUUGAAGAUCUAGGGCUUGCUGCAAUGUCGGCCUCACUCGCGCCAGAAUGCAACGAGGUUAAAGAGCGCUACGAUACGUGUUUUCUGAAGUGGUACAGCGAGAAAUACUUGCGGGGUGCCGGAAAUAGCAACAAGAAUGAGUGCGAAAGUCUUUUCAACGAUUAUCAAAAAUGUUUGGGGGUUGCCUUGAAGAAGAAGGGCAUCGACAAAUUGCUUGACGAGGCAAGGGAAGAUAACAAAGAAAAUGAUGCCACCCAUAUGGGGCGGAGGUAGCCAUAAAAAUAGAACACAACCAGAGCAAGCAUCCUAGAAACCUUAUAAAAUAAAUUCCACUCCUUCAUAUUUAUUUACAAUCCUUUGUCUCUCCCUGUCUCUGUCUCACUCUCUUCCUCUUUCCCCUUUCCCUCCCUGUUUAUCUCUCUCCACCUUGCCCUCGUUCGACUGGCGAGAUAUUGAUUAUAUUGAGAACUGUUCGACCAUGGACUGGAAGCCAGAUCCGUCCGAAAACAGAAUUUAUUGCAUUUUUA